AUGCCGCAAAAGACCAUUCAGCAGUUGAAUGCCUAUAUCAAGGCAACAACCGUCGUGUACGACCACUCCAACACCAAACUCGUCAGCAGAAAGACUAAAGUCAGCAGGCGUAGGAAGGAGGCGUUUCUUUCUGUGCUUCCAUACAGGAAACCGUCGUCUCAUUACCACUCCCAUGAGAGAAAGACAUCAUCAUCAUUGAUUACCCGCAAACCAAGAAGUAAACCUGCAACAGAAAGUGUCAUAAGUAACCUGCAACAGAAGCUGAACAUAUCUGUCAAGACUCCAGAAAAUGAUAACAACAAUGCAACACAGACGCUCAGCUUCCAACUGCAUCCAGGGACAUCCGUUCAAUCUUUAAAAGAGCUCAUAGAGAAGCUGAUUGGUAUUGAGGCGCGGCACCAGCGUCUUUACAUCCGACGGAACGUUCAGCUUUGUGACUUACUCACACUGGAGGAGAAUGGUGUUGACAGGGAUGAAAUCAUAUAUCUCCAUCAAUCAAUACAAGACCUAGAUGAAAACGAUGUGCCAAAAGACAAAGCCAGCGUCGAUGAUGAAUACCUCAAGGACUUGUCCUCAAAAACUGAAUCAUCUUGGAAGGAAUUGGCUAAAGACCUAGGAUAUGAAGAAGCGGAAAUUGCAAACAUCCAAACCACCAACGAAGGCACCACUAAACAGAGCCGUCACAUGUUACUCACUUGGUGGAAAAAGACGACAGAUCGCGACGAAGCAGCUCAGAAGCUGAGACGAGCAUUGGAGGCCAUCGGGUUGACUGAUUUGGCUGAAAAUGUACCGGCAACGAAUGAAUUGAGAGACGAAGCAGAUGGACCCGAGCCAGAAAGGCGUCAAGAUGCAGGAGUUGACGAGGAGAGCAAACAAAACGGGGCGGCAUCAGCCGAAGAUGAGAAUCUGAAAAAAGAACAAGUGUGUCAUCAAGACAAGCCUCAGCUUAAGUGGUAA